AUCAUCUUUUCAAUAAUUAACAGAUCUUGUCACCAUGUCCAUUACGGGUGAUCCAGCCAUUGAGCAGCAAUUGCGGGAUGAAGUUGACCGGAUCAUCAUGUCACCGUAUCCCGUGUCGCUCAAGAAACUUCAUAAUCUUGUCACCAGGGUAGACACUGAGACACUUCAGAUAUGGGCUUACAACAACCCGUGCCAGCUGUCGAGGCUUGCUAUCGCUGUGUCUGACGCUCUCUCGUUGUGGCCAUUCGCGCUGGACUUAUUACAGAGGCUCUUACAUGCUGCGAGCUUCCUACAGACGUUCCUGAGGCAGCAUUCCUCGUUUCUUGAUGCUUUCGUGCAGAAAGCCGUGUUCUCUGCACCGGAUUUUGAUCGAUACUCCCACAUCUGCAUAUUACUGCUGUCAGAGAUACUACCUCCAACUAUAGCUUUACCAGCAUCGGCGCAUGAUUUCUUUGUGCAAGUUUUCCAUAAUCUUGCCAGUUCGCCUACAUUCGAGAAUCUGCGUAGAGCCCACACACUUACGCGUGGUGCAUGUUUUUCCUUACCCGCUCUUCUACCAGCCAAUCUCGUUACACAAUUCGAGCGCAAUGUGAAGCGAAUCCUGCAAAUGAAGAAGCCACCCACGCCAGAGAAUCGCAGGUUCGAUCUUUUCGCGGUAGACCUCCUGUGUCUCCUAUCGCGGAAUGAAUGUACUACAUCCAACUCUGAGAAGACUAUAGCUACCAUGCUGUUCCACGGAGCGAAUGCAUUGAAGCAGAUUGACCUGAUCAAUUCUAAUGUAAUUGAUGCUUGCAAGGGUGAUUCAUCCUCUACUGCAGAUUCGAUUGCACGAGUUCAGGCCGCUAGGAGGGUGAUUGCCACGAUAGGUGAAGAACGCACGAAAGAUUGGAGCGCACAAAGGACACAGAACAGUGACCAAAUUCUCUCAAAGCUAUUGCAAUAUGUGGCAAAGCCUACAUUGGGCGCAUCUCUACAAGGCGAGGCAAUCGCAUAUAUAUCGUGCCUCGUUGAUGCAGAUCACCUUCCAGCUGAGAUCACCCGUCAAUUUCGUGAUCUGUUCCGAAACUUGAUGAUCAGCCUAGAGAUCAGUUUUUCUUGGUUGACUCAAGCCUUGACCAGGUACUCUAAAUUGCUAGACGACAUAUCGAUAACGGCUUUAAUGUCUAGUCUUUUGGUAACAUCCACGAAACCCUCGAACUCGGUACAUCUGUUGCGCGCCCGGUCUAUCGCCAAAGUCAUCGCUGACUCACUGCCCCAUUCCUCGGCGUUCAGUGAUUCGAUCGUCUCCACACUUGGUUCUGGGAAGGUCCAUAAAGAGCUCAGAGAGUUUUUGGAGGUUCUCCCUGAUACUGGAUCAUCCAUCCCUGAAGCGGUCAGUCAUUGCUCGUCGGCAAUGAACAAUCUUCAGCGCUCUACGGCCAUCAGCGUGUCAACUAUGCUAUUGAGAGGGAGGCUCUAUCAUUUCAAAGAUAACGCAGAUGCAAGGAGCUCAGUAUGGUCCGAACUUCUUCGCAUGCAGCACCGCCUUGAGAACAUUCACUUCCCCUGUACUCACGCGAAAAUGGCUCAACAAAGUCAGAAGAGCUUAUUGUGCAUCAUAGAGCAGGAGUGUACUCAACUGAACCUUGAAGAUGAGGACUGGAGGUCGAAGAUUGCUCGAGAGCUAGAACUCCACAAUUCAUCCCAGCAGAAAAACAUGCUACAAACAAUCGCGCAAAUUUGUCGUGAUUUGGAACAACGUUGUGAGCUCUCGGAGCAACCGUUGAGAAAUGAACAAGCACAUAGCAAAGAGCUUGCGGACAAAUGCAAUGCUCUAGAAUUUAGAUUAAAGGAGCUCAGUACCGAGGUGAACGACAAGACCUUUGUUGUCUCUGGCCUUGAGUCUGAACUACAAGAUGUCGAGGCUGUCGUGCGGGACCUUGCGUCGGAAAACAACACUUUGUCUGGCACGAUAGAAGCCAUACAGAAUGAGUUGAAGAAGGCUGAAGCUGGUCAUACCAACCUGCUCACCGCCCAGGAAGCUCUCGAUGCCGAAGUUACAGAUCUUCGAGUCACAGUGUCAUCGAAAGCAGACCUCGUCCAGGAGCAGAGAACAGAGAUAGUGAACUUGAAAGAAAAAAUCUCGGAAGACAACUCAGUAUUGGAAAUACUUCGGGCUGAUUUCAGUGAAAAGCUGGAAGCAAUGGCUACUCUUGAAGCAGAACUGGAAAAGUCACGUGAGAAACUCCAGCAUACUAUUGAUUGUUGUGCACACAAGGACAAGGAGAUCUUAGUAAUUAAGGGUCGUGAGCAAAUCAUAAGCGCUGAAUUGGGCCACGCUCGCUCCAGCCUUGAUGAGGUUUCUGCAGAAGCAGAUAAACUACGGGAACAAUUAGCCGACCAAGACCGAUUGUCGAAGGAAGCUAAUGCACAGGCAACGGCAGAGUUGCGAUGUAAAGAGCUUGAAUAUGAAGAACAUCUUGACGACAUACAAUGCCGACUGGAUCAGGAAACCUCUGAAUUCAACCACGCCAAAUCCAAAUUUGAGGAGGAGCGGAGAAACCUAGCGGAGGAAAUCGAACAGCAUUCUUCUGAGAUUGAGAAUCUCAGGCUACACAUCGUGGAACUGGAUCAAACAUGUGCCUCAAAGGACGCUGAGAUCUUUCAAUAUAAAGCCUGGCAACAACAACUCGUGUCCAUGAUGCCUGGUGUGAAGGGCGGGCCUGGUGCGGAUGUUUUGGUGGAACAGAAGGCAAAGCACCCGAAAAGAGCCGCACGUAGCACACCAAUCAAGGCGCCGCGGACAUCUACUACAGCGCCGGACGUGUCUCAGCUUACAGACAUGAACACAUCUUUUGGAUCUAGCUCUUCGAAAGAUGGACCAACCCCAAAGCGAGCAAAGCCGCGCAAAAGCUUUCGUGUGCCACUGAUCCGAAGGCAGAACCCUAACACCCCAAGGGCACGGCGCUCUCUAUUGAAUGUUACGAGGCAAUGUGAAGUAGAUGAGGACUCGGCCGAAGGGUCUCCAUCCAGGACUCCUCCAUCUGUAAGUGUCAAUAUCAUCACACAGCCAGGCAGGCUUUCCACAAUUCCUCUUCGACAAGCCUUAUUUGAUGUCUCCACCGGUCGCGGAAAUAUGUCACCUGUACGUGCAGCCUUACGACCUUCGGACGAUCUGUUCAAGAGCAAUAUGUCACAGAAUUCGGGCAAACAGCUGCGCAAGAUGCUUCCAGUCAUGGAGAUCACUUCAUUUGAUACAAGCAAUGUGUUCACAAGCACGCCUUUGACUCCACGUCUUGGCAGAAAUAAUGCCAUGAAUGAGGUAGGUGAACAACAAGACAAUGAGACUGUCGACGUGGAUGAAUUGUAGAUUUGGCCUGCCCGUUUGCUUUUCUGGGACUGCUAGCAUGACUCUAGGUCUCAUAUUUGACAGCAACCAAAAUGGUUCUCAAUUUAUGCCCGCGCAUUUUGAUAUUUCUUGAUCCUACG